AUGCAUGACAUAAGAGAUUUACAGAGUUAUGUAACGGAACACACGGACAACUCGCAGGUGAUCCUCGAAAACCUCAACAGCAAGUACUAUUACUACACGCGGACGCGAGGUCUGUUCCGCAUAUGCUACCCCAAGGAACGUCCUCCUUCAGUUGAGAUAUACCUGUCCCCGGUAGAAACGCAUUGCAGCAAUGUUGACUACUUCAUACCCGAUGAAAAUAACGAGACGAGGGGUCUGUCUGAGGAUGCGAUGAACAGGCUGCACAUGGCUCGGUCCACGGUGGCGCUGUUCAUUGUAGCCUUCCUGUCUCUCUUCAUCGCGUUCUGGACAGGCGUGGUCGGCUGCUGGAAGCGUAGUCCCGGGAACAUUACCGCCACUGCGAUACUUAUGCUCGUCACUUGUCUGCUGUCUGCGGGUGCUAUGGCAUUAUGGCAUGGUGUGGAGUUUUACGAAAAGGAAAAGGUUGUAGGCGAAGAAUACUAUCAGCAAUGGCCUAACGUAUUAAAAGACUACUCGUCGAUUUGGUACGAUUGGUCGUACAUCCUCGCUUGGUUGUCUGUUGGUGUUUCCUUUGGAAGCUCCAUUCUUUUCUUCUCAGCGGCCAUUUGUCUCAGCAAAGAGAAGCGUCGUGAACAGCAGAAUAACGUGCAGUACAUAAUGCCAGAUGAAGGCCGAUUUAACUUAGUUUAUUUACACCAGAUAUUGCGAGAUAACGCCCGCGUGUGGUACGACUGGUCGUACAUGGUCGCGUGGUGCGGCGUGGGGCUCUCGCUGCUAUCCGCCAUCUUGUUCUCGUCGGCCGCCAUUUGCUUGCGCGGCGAACGCGAGCGCGAGGAGGCGCUUAACAUGCAGUACCUUAUGCCGGUGUACCCCCAAAAGCAACAAUACGCGUACGCCGGGUACCCCCCGCCCCAGGCGUACCCCGGGCCCUACUACCACGGCUCGCAGUACGGACCCUACAACUAC